AUGGAUAAAAGUACUCGUAGAUACGGAACAUCUCGUCAGGCAGCACAAAAAUCUGCCCAAAAGAUUAAAAAUCCAACUACUUCAAAACUUAAAUCCUCUAAGCAUUCCGCCGCUCCUUCGAAUAAAAUUGAUUGUGAACCAAAUCCUCCCUCCAUUCCGUCUAACCAACAAAAUACUAGCUCAUCCUCGAUCGGCGGACAAGAUCUUUUAGGUGGUUCUGAUAAUUCUAAAAUUGUAGAAAGUAAAGCAAUUGUCAAAUCAAAUAUUACAUCACCAAAAUUGCCUGCCAAAAAAUCUAAUAAAAAAAAGUCAGCGUCACGUAAUAAUUUUACAAACGCAAAAGCGAGAAAUAUCAACGAAUCUUUGAUAUUCGAUAACAUAGAACAAAUUGAUGAAGAUGAUGGGAUG